UAAAGGCGGUUGUGAAGACGUAUGCGAAUCGAGGCUGUCCUAUAAAAAUUGCUAGCGUUGUUCCAAAUACUUGUACAAGAGUCCUCUUGUCGCUUGUGUGCUGUUGUUUGUGCUUCAGCAUGGCAGUCGUCAUCCGUUUACAGGGAUUGAGGAUCACUGCUGGUUCUCAGGAUGUUCGCAAAUUCUUCACUGGCCUCAAAAUUCCAGACGGUGGUGUACACAUAAUUGGAGGCGACCGGGAGGAAGCUUUCAUUAUUUUUGCUUCUGAUGAAGAUGCAAGAAGAGCCAUGACGCGCUCGGGGGGUCAAAUUAAGGGGGGACAUGUGACUUUGCUGCUCAGUAGCAAAGCAGAGAUGCAGGGCAUACUUGAAAAAAGUGCCAUAAAUACAGAGACUGAUCAAAAGAGUCAUGUAGAAGACAACACAAGGCACCCCCGAAGGUCUUUGGAGGCUGACACCAACAAGAGGUCUGCAAGUAGAGCAGACGUCUCUCCUCCACCCCGCCAAAAGAGACCCUCAAACUCAAAUGAAGACUCCACGUGUGUUUUUCUGAAAGGAUUGCCCUUCAGUGUGUCCGAAAGAGACAUUUUUGAAUUUUUCAAUGGUUUACGUAUCAUCGACAUGGUUCUGUUGAAAAAUGCAACCGGAAAAAACAAUGGGAUGGGACUGGUGAGAUUUUCCAGCACUGGAGAAGUAUCUGAAGCCCUGAAGAGGGAUAGGGGAUACAUUGGUUCUCGGUAUGUGGAGAUUUGUCCAACGUCAGAAGACGAUUGGCGUCGGACAACUGGAAGGAAACCCAUGAAUACAAACCCAGGAGACGACCUGUUUGAAAGACAUGGAUCACCACCUCGUGGUCAAAAGAAUUUCCAACACCAUAUGAGGUCACAAUCACCUAUAGGCCAGAGGGUGUCAUCAUCCAGUGAGGAGUACUGCGUUUUGGUGGAAAAUAUCUCCUUUGCAGUGGAAAAGGAGGACAUAAAAAUACUUUUUCGCCACGCUAGACUUGAUGAUGACCAGAUUUUGUUCAUAAAUUAUGACGAUCGGAAAAGUAGGUCUGCAUUUGUACUCUUUAAGUCUCUGCGGGAGUAUCGUGAGGCAUUAGACCAGGAUACGCAAUCCUUUUUCAGUCGAAUGAUUCAUAUCCGGCCAAUCAUGAGAGAGAAAAUGAUAGCCAUUUUGAAAUCUCAGAACCUGGAUGUCAGCCCUCCUGGAAACUCCAAAAGGGUUAAUGAGAGGCCUCCAUCCCACCCCAGGGAUAAUCCUGACCCGGAGCAGUGCUUGCUUGUGCAAAAUCUGCCCUUCGACGUGCGCAAAAUGGAGGUCAUGGACAUCUUCUUUGGGUUGAAUAUCUCGGAAGAUGACGUGCACUUGCUGCGUGACAAUACUGGUGCAGGGACUGGCAAGGCUUUGGUUCUUUUCCCUUCCGAGUCAGCAGCCGUGAGGGGCCUCGCUCUCGACGGACGAAGGUUUCUUGGUGCGGUGGUCUCUCUCAGAUGCAUUUCUCGCGCACAGAUGCGGGAGUUGAUCGCAGGGCCGCAGGCGGUCCACGGGCCACAGCGAACAUCCAGUGAGUUCCAAGGCGCUGGUGACAGUGAGUACUAUGGCUUCGGGGGCUCUUAUGCUGGUGAGAUGGCAAUAAAUGUGGGGCCUCAAACUCAGGGAGCCUAUAAGUCUUAUGAAGAGCCACUCAACAGAGGCAAUGGUGCUCAUAGCAGCGGUGAUCCACCGAGGCAGCAUUUUACUGGGCCCACCUGUGUAAAGCUAGUUAAUUUACCAUUCCAAAUAAAAACGGAAGAAAUCUAUGAUUUUUGCCACGGAUAUCGUAUUAUCCCGGGAUCCAUCUCAUUGCAGUACGACAGGAGUGGAGCAUUUAAAGGUACUGCGACUGUGGUAUUUGAGACUAGGCAGGAGGCAGUGAUAGCAGUCGAGGAACUCAAUGGGAGGCCAAUAGGUGCUCGAAAGAUUCAGCUGCUGUUUGUUUGAAAGUGACUUUGGGUUUUUGACAGCCAACCUGCUCAAGUGGUCUGGUUUGAACACUUGAUUCUCUGUCGAGGAAAAUUUUGUUUUUUAGACGAACACUUUGUGAUGUUUUUUGUUUUUGUCAUAUUUUGUGAUAAUUGGUGAAGGCUGUGUAUUCACCUUUUGAAUGAUUUUAGUCACUGAUGUGCAUUUGCAACAAAACUUUCAUCUUGCAUAACAUUUGACUGCAUCCAGGGGAAAGUCCCAUUAUAUUACUUUGUCAGCUCUUUAUUGUAAUGUUUAUUAAAAAUACAUUGCUUUCAA